GAGGAGGGGGAGGCUCCUGAUACCAAGACACGGAAAAGCAGGGGAGGGAAGGAGAAAACGGGGCUGGUGGAGGAAGAGGAGCGGAGAGUUGGAUGAAUCGGGGAAUAACAGUGUAGGGAGAGCGCGCGCGCAGAGGAGAGGAGGGACAGCACCCAGUGGUCUGGACACCCCCCUCCUUUCUUCUCCCAGGCUGUCACAUCACAUUUGGACACCGACGGAGCGUCACCGCGUCCGCGCCAGACCCCAUGGGGUAACAGAUGUUUGGAGGAACGGCUUUUGUUCAGCUACACAGAUGAACAACAGGAAGGAGGACAUGGAGAUCUCAUCUCACUACCGUCAGCUCCUCAGAGAGCUCAACGAGCAGAGGCAGCACGGCAUCCUCUGUGACGCCUGUGUCAUCGUGGAUGGGAAGAUCUUCAAGGCCCACAAGAAUGUCCUUUUGGGCUCUUCACGCUAUUUUAAGACCCUUUACUGCCAGGUUAAAAAAGGAGCCGAGCCUCAUCAUCAGACUACUGUCACUCACCUGGACAUUGUUACGGCCACAGGCUUCAAAGCCAUCCUGGACUUCAUGUACUCGGCACACCUCGCUCUCACCAGCAAGAACGUGAUCGAGGUCAUGUCGGCUGCCAGCUACCUGCAGAUGACAGACAUUGUCCAGGCCUGCCACAGCUUCAUCAAAGCUGCACUGGACAUCAGCAUCCGCUCCGAGAUGGCUGAUGAGCUGGCUGACUUUGAGAUGGGGGCUGUUGCUGCAGGUUUGGGGGGAGGUGGAGGGGGAAGAGGCGGCGGAGGAGGAGGUGGACUAGGAGUAGCAGGAGCAGGGGUUGUUCCCGGAGCAGUUUUGGGGGGAGGAGGAGGAGGGAUAGUGGGAAUGGCUUCCGAGGCCUUGGCCUCCAUCAUGUCAGGUCGCAGCACCUCCCCUUGGCUAGCCCGCCGCACCAGCCCAGCCAACUCCUCAGGGGACUCAGCCAUCGCCAGCUGCCACGAGGGAGGCAGCACGUACGGAAAGGAGGACCAGGAACCCCCAAAGAGCCACGAGAGUCAAGAGGAAGCCUGCCACGACUCCCAACCCGCGUGGCCGCACGACUACAGGCCGAUCAACGUCAAAGAGGAGCAGGUCUCCCCUGCCUCAUCUUCUCAUCCACGAGACACUCUUAAGGGAGCAGCCCCAAGCCAGGCAGAGCAAGGGCCUGGAGGGGCUGGGGGAGGGGGCGGAGAUGGGUCCUGGCAACAGUUGUCGGGAUCGGGGAGGAGGAAGAACAGAAAGAACAAGGACACUGUGAGGCAUAUCACCCAGCAAGCUGAGAGGAACUGGGACCGGGAGAGGGAGCGCUACAGGGACAGUCGGCCCGGGUCUCCGCUGCCAUCCAUGCUGGCGGUUGCAGGAUGGAACUAUAACGGGCAGGACAUCCCAGGGGCAGACGUGACCGAGCCCAAUAGCUCAGACAGCCGUGGGGAGCGCCUCGACUUCUUCGUCAAACAGGAAGAGGCUCUCACCGCAGAGCCCAGCUUCCUGGGCACCAACGAGAGCGAGGAGGCCAGCCGAGGAGCGGGGGCAGGGAUCUCAUCUGUGGCUAAUCUGAAGGCAGCACUGAUGAGUAAGAACAGCCUGCUGUCACUGCGGGCUGAGAUGAUGGGAGAUGAUAACCCGCUGCUGUACGAGUACCUGCCCAAAGGAGGACACUCCCUGUCUUUGAAUGACUUCACGGUGAUCCGUAAAAAGUUCAAGUGCCCCUACUGCAGUUUCUCCGCUAUGCACCAGUGCAUCCUCAAGAGGCACAUGCGCUCCCAUACGGGUGAGAGGCCAUACCCCUGUGAGAUCUGCGGCAAGAAGUUCACCAGACGGGAGCACAUGAAGAGGCACACGCUGGUCCACAGCAAAGACAAGAAGUACGUGUGCAAAGUGUGCAGCCGCGUCUUUAUGUCAGCAGCCAGCGUUGGGAUCAAACACGGCUCCCGUCGCCAUGGCGUCUGCGCCGACUGCUCUGGCCGGGGCAUGGCCGCCCUGCUGGACCACAACGGAGAGGUGGGUGGGGACAUCUCCCCCGAAGAGGAGUUGUACCCCGGGGACCGCUUCCACGAUGACCAGGCGGAGUGCGAUGGAGACGGCGAGGAGGAGAUGAUGGCGGAAGGGGACGGGGAGAUCCUGGGGGAAGGCGAGGAGGAGGGGGGCAAGUGGAAGGACUCAGGGAUGACCACCGAGGAGCACGGGGUGCUGGACAACGAGAAGGAAGAGAGCGACUCCUCGGCGCAGGAGGGGGAGCCGCAGAACGGGAGCGAGAAGGACUUCGCCUGGAUCUCAUAGGAUCCGUCCGGCUCACGUCACGGGCUCCUCAACCGAUCUCUGAAGAUCUGCGGCCAUCUCUCCGGCAGAUUCCUCGGCUCUCUUUACCCACACAGGCCUUCCUUUGAAUGGAAAUGCUGUAGGGUGACGCGCGACAAUGAUCUAACAUCAUUCUGAGUAACACUCAAAUGCACACACACCAACCUUGACUGCCAUAAACGAAGGAGAUCAAUGAUGGUUUGACUGCAAGGCUUCUUUCUGCUUACCUCCUUUACUUCAAAUGCAGUGUUUUUGUUUCUUCUUGAGGGUUCAGGUCAGAGUCUAGCAGUUUUUUUAUUUAAUCCAAGGACAUGGCUGACGUUAAACUACAACUUUGUACGUUUGCCAUCACAAUCACCAUGGAAACCAAGGGGAAAAAGCCAGGAAGACGGGUGUAUUGGUCCCUCCUCAGCUGUAAUGUUUCUGGGGACGCGUCUCUCCGCCACUGAAGAAAGACGCUCAAUCUAUUGCAAAAGCGUGGGGGGCACCGGAGCGCCCCCACAGCACAUUGUUGAUGAUGCAGAAUCCUACUGCCACAGACUUGCACUUUAACCAAACUCCUAACAAAGCCCUGAACCCACGGUUUACAUUUUUGAUCCGACCUUUGCUUACACAACUCGGUGACCGCACCUACCUUUAAGGAUGUUCUCUAUGUCCUCUUGACUGUUAUCACAACAUACUGAAUCUGCGUGCUGUUUAUAUGCCUUUCAGUGUAAGUUCACCACCAUCCAUUCCAACCGGUCCUGGAGAUGUACAUACAGUUCUUUGAGUCGGGACUAAACUUUUACAGUGAACAUUUGAGUCGUUUUUUUUUUUUUCCACAAAUCGAGCACAAAUUGGACCUAGCCUUCACCGACAGUACUUUAGUUCUGUCUCUUGGCUGAGUGUCUCUCACACUGGACUUUGUGACGAUCGGACCUGAGAGCCGAGUCUCUCACACCUACGGAGGAGCUGCCUUUGUUCUUUUGUCUUUUUUUUCCCCUCUUCAAUCAAUCAUCCAACUCCAGUCUCUGGAUACAGAAUAUGCAGACUCUUUCCAUGCUUAAUCUUACUUUUGAUGAUAAGGGGUAUUUUUAUUUUUUCUUGUCUUUUAAGAGAAGAGGAUCAAGUUUGUGUUUGAAGUUUCAGUAUUUGUAAAGAGUGUGAUAUUAAUUUGUUAUUUAUUGAGAAGAAAAAAGCAAACAUGCUUGUGGAUUCCUGAUUUAAAGAACUUCAACCUCUUGCUCUCUCUGUGUCGCGUGAAACAAAACGGGUGUUUGUAUGCAAGGAUGCGUGUCUGCAUAGACAGAUUUUUCUUCUUUUCUUUUCUAAAAAAAUUUCUGUUUAAUUUUUUUUUUUUUUGGCAAACUUGAGGCCACUGAGUUGUCUUAUUGUUAUGAAUAUUAAAACUAUGAUUAUUCUCGUUGAUGUUACUAUUAUGAAUUAUUAUCAAGUGCUGGAUGCUAGGCUUUUAUUGUGCGUUUCUUUUCUAUGUGUUUUAUAUCUUGUAUAAGAAGAAGAAAAAAAAAAGCUUUCAUAUUUUGCCUUGUUGUGGACAGCAAGCCAUCGGGCUUUUUAAACCAACCUUCUAUUGUGCCAGUUUUGUUGAUCAUGAAGGGAAGAAUCGCGUUCCUGUCCAACUUCUGUGUUAAAUAUUGACUGAAACUUAUAUUCAGCACAUGCUUUCGCAUCACUAAUGUACACUAAUUGAUUAAUAUUGAACCAAAAACAAUCUAGUACUUUGUAUACAUGAAGUGCUUUGUUUGAAAGUCCGUGUGUUGGUGGUUUUUUGGAUUUAUUGUUGUGGUAAACUAUUUUGUUGUUUUUUUUCCCCCUUUUUUGUAUUAUUAUUUUUAAACCUAUUUGUCGGUUUGCUAAAGUGCACAUGAUAUUUUAUUAUUAUUAUUAUUGAGAACAUAUGAAGGGCUGAGUGAAAGGACCAGCUGGCUUUUAAAAUUAAAAUCAAGCAGAAUUUUUCUUUUUUUUUCUUGUUUCUACUGUGCAACAGCUUGAAUGACAAACAAUCAAGCAGUAAUGCAGCCUGCAGACGACCCCCCCCCCAUUUAUUUCCUCACUCAGGCUGCACCUUUUUUGCACUUGAGGUUUAAUUUUGUAACUUGGUUUUAAUUUGGAUAAAAAGGAAGUGGAGUGCUGCAACAGUAACUCUGGGAUUUUAUUUCGUGGUCGUACAUGCCUUUCUGCUGCAGGUGCCAUGGAC